CAUCCUCCAACCACGCACACCCCCGCCGAGAACGGGGAUGUCAUAUGAUAGACUAGGUACGUCUCUCAAUUUCGGCGCAACUUUUGAGCUUCAUAAGCUUUUCGUUAGAGUGCCCACGUUGUGAAUGUGCCACUGCCAUUCACCCAACAUACGCGGCGUGAACUCUCUUGAGCGCAACAUCCAACCUCUUCCUGCGCGGCGCACAGAAACUUCCUUGAGGGAAGCUCACGAUUUUCAAACACAGCCCUCCUGCUUAGUAGAGGAGCGAGUUUUCUCUUCUUUCUGCGGCACAGUCUGCGACUUGAGUAACCACCACCCUCUAACACAUCUCGAAUUCAACAGACCACCCGGGCCAAGGCCGUCAAGACGAAUAUUACAGUAUGAAUAAUCGACCGGGACGAACGCCUUCGCCUGGGCAUCCAGUAAAUCAAGGCUAUCAACUUGAAGAUACUGGACCCUAUGGCAGACCCGGCGGAUCUCCUGGACCUGGCAGACACAAUCUAGAGAUUCCUAUGGGUCCUGGACGCCAUACUCCAAGUGACCGAUUACAGGCGCAGCCUACAUACUCGGUCGAAAACAUCAACAACUCAUAUGGGCACAAUGAAGAGUAUGAGCAAAGCUACCCCCUCGACCCGAACCACAAUUAUCAACAAGACUACGCCAUAAACCCACAAGCUCAUCACGACCAAUACUAUAAUCCACCAUACCAACCUUCACCACACGAAGAGCACCCCUUGACCACCUACCCUUCGAACGCGGCGGACCCGUAUUUCAACCAUGAAGAAGAACACCGUCCAAUUCUCCAGGCGCAGGACACCGGCUACGGACCAGACCCCCAUAGUGCUCCAGGAUAUUCAGACUACGAUGGAGCUCAUGGCCCCGAGCCAUCAGCGACACCAGUCCCUGCGCUCAAACGUUAUAAGACCGUGAAGGAGGUGCAAUUAUUCAAUGGCAAUCUCGUCCUUGACUGUCCGAUCCCACCAAAGCUUCUGAAUAUGGUACCACAUGCUCAACCGCCUGAGAGGGAUGAAUUCACACAUAUGCGAUACUCAGCAGCAACUUGUGACCCCAGCGAGUUCUUCGAAGAGCGCUUCACUCUCAGACAGAAGCUUUUCGCAAAGCCAAGACACACAGAACUGUUUAUUGUGGUUACUAUGUAUAAUGAAGACGAUAUUCUCUUUGCCCGAACAAUGAGCGGUGUGUUCAAGAAUGUUGAAUACAUGUGCUCCCGCAAGGACAGCAAGACCUGGGGAAAGGAUGCGUGGAAGAAGAUAGUGGUCUGCGUUGUCAGUGAUGGUCGUGCCAAGAUCAACGAGAGAACGAAGGCUGUGUUGGCAGGUAUGGGAGUGUACCAGGACGGAAUUGCCAAGCAACAAGUCAAUGGAAAGGACGUGACAGCACAUAUUUACGAAUACACCACGCAGGUCGGUAUUUCGGUCAAGAAGGAUCUAGUUGAGCUUCGCCCAAAGCAGCAGCCGGUGCAGAUGCUCUUCUGUCUGAAGGAAAAGAAUCAGAAGAAGAUCAACUCGCACAGAUGGUUCUUCCAAGCAUUCGGACGUGUUUUAGAUCCAAAUAUUUGUGUUCUCAUCGAUGCGGGUACCAAGCCAGGAAAAGACUCCAUCUACCACCUUUGGAAAGCUUUCGACUUGGAGCCUAUGUGCGCUGGUGCCUGUGGAGAGAUCAAAGCAAUGUUGGGACCUGGAGGGAAGAAUCUGCUCAAUCCGCUUGUGGCCACGCAGAAUUUUGAAUACAAGAUGAGCAAUAUCUUGGACAAGCCGCUGGAAUCUGCUUUUGGUUUCAUUUCAGUCUUGCCAGGUGCUUUUUCUGCCUAUCGAUUCGUAGCCCUGCAAAACGACAAGGCCGGAAAUGGACCACUCGAGAAGUACUUUGCUGGUGAGAAGAUGCACGGUGCCAACGCCGGCAUCUUCACGGCCAACAUGUACCUCGCUGAGGAUCGUAUUCUCUGUUUUGAGCUGGUUUCAAAACGCAACUGCCACUGGAUUCUUCAAUACGUCAAAUCUGCUACUGGCGAAACAGACGUACCAGACACCAUGGCUGAGCUGAUUCUCCAACGACGAAGAUGGUUGAACGGUAGUUUCUUCGCAGCCGUGUACGCCUUGGCACAUUUCUACCAGCUCUUCCGAAGCGACCACAGCUUCUUGCGGAAAAUCAUGUUCUUGAUAGAAUUCACGUACACAACUAUUAGCAUGAUCUUUGCGUGGUUCGCCAUCGGCAAUUUCUUCCUAGUUUUCCACAUCCUGACGACCUCCCUUGGAUCAAGUAUUCUUCUUGGCCAGGUUGGAAAUAUUCUUGGUGUUGUCUUCGAGUGGAUGUAUCUCUUCACUCUCCUCACCUGUUUCAUUUUGGCGUUGGGUAAUCGGCCGCAAGGAACUAACAAGGCUUACAUGUCCAUGGUCUAUUUCUGGGCUUUCAUAAUGAUCUACCUAAUGUUUGCGUCGGUCUUCAUUACCGUAAAAUCCAUCCAACAGGAAGUCAGAGACCACCAAUUCACGGUUUCCGACAUUCUCAAAAACCAAAUUUUCUACACGCUAAUUAUCUCCCUGGCAUCCACCUACCUCCUUUGGUUCGUGGUCUCCUUCCUGUUCUUCGACCCGUGGCACAUGUUUACCUCCUUCCUCCAAUACCUCCUCCUGACCCCAACGUACAUCAACAUCCUCAACGUCUACGCCUUCUGCAACACCCACGACAUUACGUGGGGCACAAAGGGUGAUGACAAAGCCGAGAAGCUCCCGUCCGCAACCCUCAAGCCUGGCGGAAAAGUCGACGUCAACAUCCCCACGGACGACGGCGACCUGAAUGCCCAAUAUGAAGCCGAGAUGCGCAAGAUCGUCUCAAAAGCUCCCCCGGAGAAGCGCGUCCACUCUGCCUCAGAAAUCCAAGAAGAUUACUACAAGUCUUUCAGAUCGUUCGUCGUUAUCUUCUGGCUGGUGUGCAACUUUGCUCUCGUGGCCGUCGUCCUCAGCACCGCUGGUCUUGAGCGUGUAGCUACGAGCACAAACGGAACGAGCAGGAGCGCUAUCUACCUGGCCGUCGUCCUCUGGUCCGUUGCAGGCCUCUCGGCAUUCAAGUUUAUCGGCGCUAUGUGGUUCCUGAUCGUCAGGAUGUUUAGAGGAGUCUGA